AUGCCCGAUAAAGUUACUCCAGUAAAUAAUAUCAAAUUUGAAAAGUUCUGUGGUGUAUUGGAACAACUACACAAGAGGAAAAAAUUGAAGAAAGUACAAGACACAAUUUUAAGUGAUUUUAUCAAUGAUUGCAAAUUAACGGCAUCUCAAGUUAUAGGCGGGAAGAACGCCAGUCUUUUUCCUAUUCUGAGAUUGAUUUUACCAAAGUUGGAAAGAGAGAGAAAAGCCUACAAUUUAAAGGAGAGUAAGUUGGGAGCUCUUCUAGUAAAAAUACUGUCACUGCCCAAAAAUUCACGUGACGCGCAGAAACUGCUAAACUUUAGAUCAGCGAAUGACACUCCGGAGACAGAGAAUGACUUUGCUACCGUAGCAUAUUAUGUGGUAAAAAGUAGACUGAGCGCAACGCCUGCUGCUUUCACUAUAGGGGACAUCAAUAGCAUUCUCGAUAGAAUUGCAUCUGCUGAAAUCGGAGAAGUUAAAGCAACUGCUCUAGACGAGACUUUCAGUCACGUGGUAAAUAAAUUAAACCCAGAUCAAUUGAAAUGGUUCCUUAGGAUAAUUCUCAAGGAUUUGAAGCUAGGAAUGAGUGAUACAAGAAUUUUGGCUAUAUUUCAUACAGAUGCACCUGAAUACUAUAAAAACUGUUCUGAUUUAUUAAAGGUGUGUGACGAGCUUGAAGAUGGCGAUACACGCUUAUUGGAGCUUGGAAUCCAGAUGUUCUCAGCUGUGUGUCCUAUGAUGUCGGAACGAUUGGAUGUUAAACAUACAGCUAAACUAGCACCGAGUUUGAUAUUGCAAAUUGAAAAGAAAUUUGAUGGCGAAAGAUUCCAAAUACAUAUGGAAAAUGGAGUAUUUGAAUAUUUUUCAAGAAAGGGUCACAAAUACUCAAGUAAAUUUGGAAAUUCAUACGAAUCUGGUAUGUUAACACCUUUUUUGAAGAAUUGCUUCAAAUCAGACACCACGUCUUUUAUAUUAGAUGGAGAGAUGAUGGGAUGGCACAAGGAACACCAAUACUUUGGUUGUAAAGGUAUGGCUUUUGACAUUAAGAAAAUAACGGAAAAUUCAAAAUUUCGACCCUGUUUUUGCGCCUUCGAUAUUCUUUACUACAACGGAAGGACACUUGUUGGCCCACCAGAGAAGGGUGGCUUGCCACUAAGCGAGAGACUUCGGAUCUUAGAUGCCUUGUUUGUAAACGUGACAGGGGUUAUACAGCACAGCGAACGACAAAUCGUUAAGGACAGGUCUGAAAUAUUAGAGGCCCUGGAAACGGCAGAUAAAAACCAAGAAGAAGGUAUUGUGGUGAAAGACGUCGCGUCCUACUAUAUCCCAAAUAAACGUAAUGCUGGUUGGUACAAAAUCAAGCCUGAGUACACAGAUGGGGCUAUGGAGGACCUUGACCUUGUAAUAAUUGGCGCUGAUGAGGCUGCCAACAAGAGGCGUGGACGCGCUAAGAAUUUCUUAGUUGCCUGCUUGGAUGCUGGAGAGUCAGGUAAUACCCCAGAUCGUUGGGUGGGAGUAGGGCAUGUGUCCACUGGCCUCUCGUUUGAAAAUCACGAGGCACUGUGCACAAUGUUAGAGAGAAACUGGACGCCUUUCAAAAACAAAUUACCUCCCUCAAAUCUGGUCUUCCACAAGGAGAAACCUGACUUUUGGGUUUUACCCGAAAACUCCGUCGUAUUGACGGUCCGUGCAACAGAGUUGAUCGCCAGUUCGAGUUACGGCGCCGGGUACACUCUAAGGUUCCCUCGAGUGAUUCGAGUGCGUGACGACAAGCCUGUACGAGACAUCAUGACUCUCACCGAGCUCCGACAAUUUAUAAGUAAUAAAGGCGGCGGAGUAGUCACAAAACUCAGUACAAAUAAUAUUGGUGAAGAGGAGAUACCAACGGAAGUGAGAGUAACUCGGAAACGGAAGACUGAACCCACUCAAGUGGCUGAACAGUUCCUGAUCGCGACGCAUGGAGGGGUGGAGGCCACAUCGAAGGCCCUCCUCGGCCGGAAGAUAGCCAUACUGUCCGAUGACGAAGAUUGUAAGUCUCAAGACUUGGCGAAGAUUGUUGAGACGCAUGGUGGCACAGUGGUUGCUAAUAGUGGCCCAGAUACAUGGGUGUCAAUCGCUGGUCGCAUGACAAAACUUGUGCGGACACGUAUCGCUUCGCAAACCGCCGACAUCAUCACCACAGCGUGGCUACGUUCUCUCCCCACCUCGUCUUCACCUAUCGAUCUUUGUCCGCUGGACAUGUUAGCCGUCAAGUCCACCACUAAACUUGCUUUAGCAAGGAAAUACGAUCCCUUUGGAGAUUCCUAUUCGGAGCUUAUUGAUGAAGCCACGCUAAGAAGGUGCUUCGACAAAAUGGAUUCUGAUCAUGAACCUAUCCAUCUUACAUCGCAAGAGAUGCUGGCACUAGACACGGAACUCUUUGACGACACCAAUCCAAACUCGUUCCUUCGACCGUAUCAUAUACACAUCACAAACUGUAACAGUAUUUCCGGCCUACUAGCCAAGAUGUAUGGAGCUACUCUAUAUGAUGCUCCACAUAAGGACUGUACUCAUAUUGUCGUGUCUGAUCCUGCAAAGAGAAAUGAAAUAGAAAAUGCCAAAAGGCACUCCACAGCAUUGGUAGUAUCAAAAGAUUGGUUGGAAGCGUGUUUCGCAAGGCAGAAAUAUGUACCCGAAAUUGAAUUUAUUUUGUGA